AUGGCUUCCAACCAAGAUGAAACGACCGUUCAGGUCAACAAAGAAGAGCUCAGACGGGCUGGCGACUUGAUCGUCAUGCGCCUGAUGGAGGUUCAGUCUUACAUUGCCGACCUGGGCAAGGCCUACCUUCAGCACGUGAACAACAUCGCGGAAGGACGUGAUGCUCACAUUGAUCUCCCCAUUGGUCCCUCUGGAUUUAUGGGCCCGGACAUUCCCUUCCGUGCCGGAAGCCCCGGUGCCAAGUCUGAGGCUGGUGGCCCCAAGAAGCGCAAGCGCGCUCCCGUCGACCCCAAUGCGCCUAAGCGUGCCUUGACUCCCUACUUCCUGUUUAUGCAGCACAACCGCAGCAAGAUCGCCGAAGACCUUGGCAAUGAUGCGCGCCCCAAGGAUGUCGCUGACGAGGGCACCCGCCGCUGGCAGAGCAUGGAAGAUACCCAGAAGGAGAUCUGGAAGAAGAUGUAUGCCGCCAACUAUGACCAGUAUAAGCGUGACAUGGCUGCCUACAAGGCUGGCAACAAGGUUGACGAGGAGCACGAUCCCGCAGCCAGCCAAUUGCAGCAGGACUUUGCCAGCGCCGAGCCCGAGCCAGAGGCCGAGGCUGAGGCUGAGCACGAAGAGUCCGGUGACGAGUCGACCGAUUCAUCUGACGAGUCGUCCCCCUCUCCCCCGAAGGAAAAGACUCCUCCUCCCAGCACCAAGCGUCGCCGUAGCGACCCCAAGGCCAAGGAGACUGUGGCUGAGACCCCUGCCAAGUCGCCUGUCAAGCGCACCCGCAAGGCCGCGGAGCCCGUGUCUACACCCGCAGUCAAGACACCCGGUGAUGGCAAGCGCAGAAGCAAGAAGCGCAAGAGCGAGGUGUAA